AUGAAUAAUGCAGCUACUGUACUCGUUGGGUCCAUCUGGGAUGACGACAUCACCGUUCGCAUUUACGUGAUGUCGUGCGUUCCAAAUAUUCGGACCAUCCUCGAUUGCCUCGUUGAAAUCGAGCGCAUUUGCCCGUUGGACUUGUUUGAAGUGUUGGAGGAGGCGUUCGCCAACCCGAGGGGUGGUCCAGAAUGGGAUGGCCUUGAGCUAGCUAGUGUUGCCAAGGUAUGGGACCAUUAA